AAGACGAAAUAUUUGUCGAGCAAUUUUCAAAAUUAACUGCAGAUGUUAACAAUAAUAGUGCAGAAAAUCAGUCAACUCCUUUAAAUCCAUCCACUACUCAUCAAAUGUUUGGUAAAGAUAUUCUUCACUCGACAACACCUAUAGAUCAAGGAAAUGUUAAUAUUCCCUCCAUUAACACGAUCGCGGUGGAUAUCAAUGCUUGGCAACAUCAAUAUGAAAGUAAAGAUUUUACAGCAAUGAUAGGUUGGAAUCAACCACCAAAAGUAAUUGAGGAUGAGGAUUGGGGAAAUUUACCUGAUGUAAAUACUAGUGUGGAUCCAAAUAAUCAAUUUGGAAUGACCUCUUUUCUUAGUUCCGACAUUCUUAAUUUGGGAAAUGCUAAUGUACAUCAACCACGUAUUUUCGGAUCAAAUUAUUUGAAUAAUCCAUCUGAUAAUAAUUCACGAUUAGUUAGUGAUAAUAACAGGACCGAAACUAAACUCACUCAAGGAUUUGCAACAGAAGAUAAAUCGACGAAUUCAUAA